AUGUCUCAAAUACAUGUAGGUGACUUUUCAACGUUCGAUAUGCUUCGUAAGAACGUUCGACGCUUUAAGAACGCAUCUGCGGAAAAUAACGAAAACCUGCCUGAAGGAACUUUCGGAAGUGAAAUGGAUGGAUAUAUGGAUCAGAUUAUCACCAGAAUAAUGACUGCUGGUUACACAAAACCAAUAGUGUCGUUGAAUGCUCCCGAAGUUGAUGUUCGUCUUACCGUCGAGGAGAUUCGCGAUAUCUCCAGGGCAGCAGCUGAUUCGUUUAUGAGACAGAGGAGCCUCAUCAGGCUAUCAAGUGACGUUCUGCCCGUGACAGUGGUAGGUGAUCUUCAUGGACAGCUGGUUGAUUUACGUAAAAUCAUAAGUCGAUGUGGCGAUCCUUCAACCUGUACAUAUAUUUUCCUCGGUGAUUACGUCGAUAGAGGAACACAGGGUCUAGAAUUGGCGAUACUGCUCUUUUGUUAUCAGAUGCGAUAUCCAGAUCGGGUGUUCCUNCUUCGAGGUAAUCAUGAAGAUCUGAACACGACUAGCACGUAUGGCUUCUAUGAUGAGUGUAUGCAAAAAUACGGAAAACAUGGAGAAUGGGUAGGCUGCUCAGUUAGUUACAGCGCUAGGUCGUCGUCUAUCUUCAACGAACAAUGCCAAAUUCUAUCGCUUCGUCAGGCAGGCCAUAGCAACAAGGCCAUCGCGGAACAACUCGUCCGAUCCAGAGGCUGCAUCGACGGUUGUGUGAAGAAUCCUGCGGCAUACGGUCAAGCACACGGAGGAGGAUGUCCACUCAAAUUGACACGAGCCGACCACAGACUGAUCGCUAGAUUGGCUUCCAAUUCAACCAUGAGUGCCAAUCAGAUUCGUGCACGUUUUUCACUAAAUGUGUCGACUUCCACUGUAUUGCGAGCUAUUCGUCGUCAAAUAUUCUUGAAGAGGGAGAGGAUGAAGCUAGCUCCCCGUCUGACCACGAGCCAUCGNGAAGCCCGACUCGAGCUUCAGGUCUAUCUAGCUCUGAUCAAUGCAUUCAAUCAUUUGCCAUUAUGCGCAAUUAUUGGUGAAAAAGUGCUGUGUAUGCAUGGAGGAUUGUCUCCACACAUUGACAAGCUUGACGACAUCGAGCAGGUGAGUUGUGCAAACGACAAAUUAUAA